UCGGCCAACGGGCUGCGGCGGCGCCUGCUUCCCGGUUGUGCGGCCCAUCUGGUCCGGAUUUUCCCACGGAUUCCCCCCGCCCCGCGCCCGUCCCCGUUGGCGAUUCCCGCCCCGCCGCUGUGUGGGAGCCCGCAGCCGGGGCCUGUCCACCGCGCAGGUUCCGGGGCGGGUGGUUUACACUGGAGCGAGGGGGGUGGGGGCCCGUACACCCGAGCAUGCGCACUGCCCUCGGUAUCACCGACUCUGCUGAGAAAGAUUGUUUUGUAUGAGAUCUCCACAGCAGCUCGCAGAGCAUAAGUGGGGCAUCAGAGCAGAGAAAGUUAAGAGCAAACAUUCACACCAAGAUCCUUCAGAGUGACGUGGGAGUGCCGGGAUUUGACUGACAGUGGCCACCACACGAUGGAAGAAUUGCCCAACGACAUUCUAGUGGACAUACCUGCAUCUGAGGAGGAUGGAAGUGUGCAAAUGACCAGGCCCGCCAGGGAGGGCCCGUUGCCCUGCACGCUGUGCGGGAAGGUGUUCGCCUACCAGUCCACGCUGCGGCGCCACUGGCUGGCCCACAGUGAGAUCCGGCCCUUCAUCUGCGACGUCUGCGGCAAGGCCUACAAGAGCAGCCAGGACCGCUCGCGGCACCGGCGGAUCCACACCGGGGAGAGGAUCGUCACCUGCCCCGAGUGCGGUAAGGCCUUCACCCACUUCUCGCACCUGCAGGCCCACCUGCGCACCCACACCGGCGAGCGGCCCUUCUCCUGCCCGGAGUGCGGCAAGGCCUUCGGCCACUCCUCCCACCUGCAGAGGCACCAGCGCAUACACAACUGCGGGCGGCCCUUCUCCUGCUCCAAGUGCGGCAAAGUCUUCACCCACUUCUCGCACCUGCAGGCGCACCUGCGCAUCCACGCCGUCGAGCAGACCUACCCCUGCCCCGAGUGCGGCAAGGCCUUCAGCUACUCCUCGCACCUGCAGGCUCAUCUGCGCACCCACACCGUUAAGCAGACCUACCCCUGCCCCGAGUGCGGCAAGACCUUCAGCUACUCCUCACACCUGCAGAAGCACCAACGCACCCACAGCUGCCAGCAGCCCUUCUCCUGCCCCGACUGCGGCAAGACGUUCGGCCGCUCUUCGCACCUGAAGGCCCACCGGCGCACCCACACCUGCGAGCGGCCUUUCUCCUGCCCCGACUGUGGCAAGGCCUUCGUCCAGUCUGCCCACCUCCUGGAGCACCAGCGGGUUCACACCGGAGAGAAGCCCUUCGUCUGCCCUCUCUGUGGGAAGAGCUUCGCCCGGUCGUCAGAGCUUCAUGCUCACCGGCGGAUCCACACGGGGGAGAAGCCCUACAUCUGCCCCGACUGCGGGAAGAACUUCAGCACGGCUUCAAACCUAAUGCAGCACCGGCACGUCCACACCGAGGAGCGGCCCUUCCCCUGCCCCGACUGCGGCAAGGCCUUCAAGAGCCCCGUGCACCUGAAGCAGCACCACGUGAUCCACGCCGGGGAGAGGCCCUUCUCCUGCACCGUCUGCGGCAAGGCCUUCGUCCGGUACUCCAACCUGCAGGCCCACCUGCGGCUGCACGACAGGGAGAAGAAGCUGCCCUGCCCCGACUGCGACAUGGUCUUCCCCCACACCGCGAACCUGCUGGCGCACCGCCACGCCCACGCCGGCAAGCGGCCGUUCGCCUGCCCCGAGUGUGCCAAGACCUUCGCCUAUGCCUCGCACCUGCUGGCGCACUGGCGGGCCCACGCCGGCGAGCGGCCCUUCCCCCGCCCCGAGGGGGGCAAGGCCCUCACCCACCCCUCGCAGCUGCCGGCCCCCCAGGUUGUCGACGCGGCGGAGAAGCCCUUCGCCUGCCCUGUCUGCGGCAAGUGCUUCGCCUGGUCGUGGCAGCUGCAGACCCACCAGCGGACUCACACGGAGUAAAGCGGCGACACUCGUCCCGACGGGGGGUGGGUCUUCGCUCCGUCCUCCCAACUCUUGGCACAGAGGUGGACUCACCCAGGUGGGGCGGGAGGACGUGGUAUUCAUUCGGGCGGCGGGAGUUUCCGUCCCACACCUGGGCGCGUCUGUGUGUGGGUGUGUGUGUGUGUGUGUGGAGCUUGUGGGCUUCCACCAGCUGAUCCGGUUUCCUCCCGCGUUCCGCAAAGGUAAAUCAGUUCCGCGAGGGUCUCGGCUGGGGUUAGAGUCUGGGGCUGGGGGAGAUGAAGGGGGUGUGACACCAACUGCAAAUUAAUUUCUCGAGGCAGCUGUGCAUACAUGGGCACGUGUGUCCGGCAGCGAACUUUCUGAGGUAUCUAAUUAGGGUAUCAAGGGAUAGUGGGGAGAAAGACAGAAACUGGAACUAGAUGGGUGAAUAGUCUAGCUCAUGGUGGAGUGGCAGAACAGACUCGAUGGGCUGAAUGGCCUACUUCUGCUCCUUUGUCUUGUGAUAAAUCUUGUGAUGAGGAGGGUGAGAUGGGAUUCCAUCCGGAUAUGAUUGGUGGUCACAGUACAGGCCAUUCGGCCCACAGUCACUUCUGGCUAUGCCUUGUCCACAUUCCUCCGCUCCCUGCCCGUCUAGGGGCAAACUUAACUCCUCUGUUGUAUCUACCACCAUUCAGGCAUCUGUUCACAGUGUAAAAAUAUCUAAAACUAACCCCGCACAUCUCCUUUAAACUUGUCCCUUUGCACUUUAACUCUGUCCCCUCUCCUAUUAGACAUUCACACCCUGGGGAAAAAAUAUCAGCCCUCUGUGACCUUCAUAAUCUUUUAAGCUUCUGUCAGGUCUGCUCUUGGUUUCUGCCACUCCAGAAACAGCAACAUAAUUAUCCCCUCAUAGCUCAGGCCCCCGAAUCCAGGCAGCAUCCCGGUGAACCUCUUCCGCACCCUCUCCAAAGUCUCCUCGUCCCUCCUGGGGUGAGCGGACCGCAGUCCGAGUUUCGGGAUUUGGACUCGAUGACAAUACAUUCCAAGCUGGGGUACUCUGGGGCUCGGAGGGUGGGAGAGGUGUUGGUUGUGGGAGGCGCCAUUGGAUUGGCCCAGGACGGUAUCUGCGGUGUGUUUUGUAAAUGUCAGUUGUGGGACAUUGGAGAAAUUCUGGGCUGUGUUUUCGCGUUGUAAAUCAGUGUUCUUUCAGAUGCCCAUUAGAACAUAAACAGAACACAGCAGAGUACAGCACCGGCCCUUCAACUCUGCUGAAAUUUGAACCUACUCUAAAACCAAUCUGAAAUUUCCCCCAUUGUUUGUUCAUCCUUACUGCUAUCAAAGAGAAUCGUAAGUGUCCCCAACGUAUCUGCCUGAACCAACCCUGACAGCGUGAUUCACGACCCCACCAGUCUUUGUAAAAAGCCCACUCUGACACCCACCCCACGUACUUUCUACAAUCAUCUUAAAAUCAUGUCCCCUUGAAUUGCCCAUUUCCACGCUGGAACAAUGUCCCUAGCUGUCCACUCUGUGCCUUUGACCUCUCAUCUUUCUUCAUAGAAAACCCUUAGCUCCAUCGACCUUUCCUCACAGGAGAUGCCCUCUAAUCCUGACGCAAAUCUCUGCACCCUCUCUAAAGCUCCCUCAUCCUUUCUGUACUGAGGCGACCAGAACAGAACACAAUGCGCCAAGUCUGGUCCAACCGGAGGUUUAUAGAGCCACAAUGUUACCGCGCCAUCCUGAGCCCAGUUCCCCGACUAGUGAAGGCCAUCACACCGCAUGGCAUCUCAGCCACCCGAUCACCUUGCAGGGUAAUCUUGCUGUUUCUAUGGGCAUAGGCUGCAAGCUCCCUCUGUUCCUCACACUGCUGACAAUCUGGCCCUUAACCCUGUGCCUGCCUCCAUGUUCAACCUGUCAAAGUGAGUCACUUCACACUAUUCCAGAAUGAACUGCAGCUGCCACUUCUUGGCCCAGCUCUGCAUCCUGUCAAAGUCCCGAUGUAACCAACAACAGUCUACAGUAUCCACAACACCGACCCUUGUAUCAUCUGCAAACUUACCAACACAUUCUUAAACUCUGUCAUCCAAGUCAUUUACAAAAAUCACAAAGAGCAGGUGUCCCAGAACAAAAUUAAUGGUGAGGAAGGUAAUUACUGGCAAUAGAUCCAGGAUGAAUUUCCCUCCGCACUGUCCCAUCACACAUUCCUGGGGUCAGACACAGAGUGAAUCUCCCUCCACACCAUCCCAUCACACACUCCCGGGGUCAGACACACAGUGAAGCUCCCUCCACACCGUCCCAUCGCACGCUCCCGGGGUCAGACACAGAGUGAAUCUCCCUCCACAUCGUCCCAUUGCACGCUCCCGGGGUCAGACACACAGUGAAGCUCCCUCCACACUGUCCCAUCACACACUCCCAGGGUCAGACACAGAGUGAAUCUCCCCCACACCGUCCCAUCACACACUUCCGGGGUCAGACACAGAGUGAAUCUCCCUCCACACCGUCCCAUCACACACUCCUGGGGUCAGACACAGAGUGAAGCUCCCUCCACACCAUCCCAACACAGUGUCCCGUGGUUAGGCAGAGAGCGAAGCUCCUUCUACAACAGCCCAUCACACGCUCCGCAGGUCAGACAUAGAGAGAAGCUCUCUCUACCUGUAGUAAUCCAGCUAGUAAUAUCUUCGUGGAAGAGUUCCACACAGAUCCUCCAAAAUCCUCAUAGACAUGCUCACCACAAAUGUAUGCCCCCCGUCUAUCCAGUCUCCUUAUAGCUCAGAGACACAAGUGGUUCUGUGGGUGCCAGAAAUCUUGAGCAAAUGUGCACAGAGUGCUGGAGGAACUCAGCAGCUCAGCAAGCAUCUAUGGCAGGAAAUAAACAGCCAAAGUUUGAGACUGAAACCCUUCAUCGGGACUGGAAAGGAAGUGGGCAGUGGUGGGAGAGGGGAGGAGCAGGUUAGAGGAGAGUACAGGUGAG